AUAUUAUAACCAUUGUUUACUUGCAGUGCUUCAACAAGGAAGAAAUUGUCCAACCAAYGUAAUAACAAAGGUUUAUAAGUACAUGCGGUGAUCAUUAAUUGAAAAGUCAAGGWAAAAAUGGUGAUGAGAAAUGAUCGGCGAAAGUGACUAACAACACGCCUCGUCAUUUCUACAAAUCGCGGUCGUUUUUUAAUCAAAACGUCUCAAGUUGACGACCUGUGAUAAUGAUUCUUAAUAUAACACCGCUGCUUUAACUACAGAAACAGUAAAAGACUUAGCAUGGGGUUGAAUGGGACUAUGCGGUCCCCUUUUAACGCUACGAAUUCCGUUGAUAAUAAUUUUGCGAACUAUUUUCGAGUUGAACUUGCUACAGCAGUGAUAUUGGUUGUGUUGAGUCCUCUAACAGUCGCUGCCAACUCUCUUCUUCUAUCYGCCAUCUACAAGGAUCCACUAAGGUGUUUUCGUACACCAACAACGUACUUUAUAGUUGGGCUUGCACUGUCUGACCUGGUGACCGGGUUAGUAGUAGAACCCGCCUUUAUCCUGAAAUAUCUGGCUCAUAAUAGCCAUUGUGGGUUGAAAGCUCGCUGCARACCUUCCAGUGGCUUCAUGAUGAUUUAUCGAAUCGGUGGUAUAAUAUCAACAAUAGCCAUAAGUUCAUCGUUUAUAGUAGUUCUAGCUUUAUCGAUAUCUCAAUACACGGCCAUCACGUUUCCACACAAGUACAAGAAGAUAGUCACCAAGAACCGAGUUGUAGUUUGUGUUUUUAUGAGCUGGUUGUAUUUUAUAUGCUUUAGUCUUCUGCAAUUUUCUGGCAUUGAUUUGUACACGUAUUUAAAAAUCGACCUUAUUUUACACGCGUCUACAAUCUCCAUAUUCUUGGGAGUUGCUCAUGCYUUGCUCUACUUAUCGUUCAGAAGGCACCUAACUCGUAGCUAUACCUGGAGAAGACGCAGUUUCUAUGAUAAACCCGAAAGCAAUGGAUCCUUAACAAGAAGCAGAAACAAGGAAAACAAGAAUCGACUUAAUGAGCGUCAAUUUACAAUUGUUACAUUUUAUUUAGCAGGAAUUUUACUUCUAUCAGCGUCGACUCACAACAUCGUCCUCUACGUUUAUUUCUUUGACACURGCAAAUCCUCGCAAGAAAAUGUAAACAUACAUAUUUUUCUUCGUGUCAGUGACAUGAUGUUAUUCAUCAAGGUAGCUCUUGAUCCGUUUAUUUACGCUUGGAGGCUGCCAACGUAUCGACGUGCUCUUAAAUUCACUAUAUGGACAAACAAACCUUACAAUGAGCAGCUACCAAAGGACAGACUUACACUAUUUCUAAAAGAAAAUAAAAAGAGCAGAUUGAUGGAUUCAGCGAGAUCGGGAAUAACACAGGGAACAGGUGCAAGUCCGUGAUAACUACGUUUCAUUACUUAAAAUUGACGUUUCACAACACGUUCGUUCCACUGUGCUUUUAGCGUGUCAGAUCUUGAUAUCAGAAUUUUACUAGAUUACUUUUUGGAAUUACGCUUUUUUGACCUGCGCGAUAGAUAGGGUGAGAUAGGGUGCCCCUAGAUAUAGUAGAGUCAAACUCUUCCCUUUUCUUUUUUCCUGGAGGAUUUAAACAAAUUAAAACAUAGUUUGGUUCCACAAAGGGGACCCUAUCUCGACAAACGCCCAUCAACGAGGUGGCAUAUAUUUCAUAAAGAUGAGAAUUUAGGUUCAGCUAUUAUAAUGUCUGUCAUUUUGCUCAUUGGCUCAUUUAACGGACGACUUAAGAAAUGACGUGACUUAUCUACAGCUUUUAAUUAGCUAUUGUUUCAUGCUUUCAUUAUAAAUCCCAAUCCUAGUUUUACUUAAAAUUCCAUUUUCUACGCUUAAAAACUGUCAGAUCCCAUUUUUUUAAUUUACACCUCCAUAACACCCUCUAAUUAAUCCUGAGUAAUAUUCGCUGGAAUUCUGACAGAUUAAGAUCAAAGCAACGGUUUAGKGGGUUGUCAAGGAGAAUAUUUUGUGACAGAGUUGUCUUAAGUUGGAGUGUUAUGACAGCCAACCCCACCUACGACUUUCAACGUCUUAAAAAGUCGAGUGAGGAAUUUUUAGGAAUAGAUCAGAAAUACGAUYACCAAUCCAGUCUUUUGUCAGGUUUUCAAGGUUUGAGUAGGACUAUUCCAACAAUAAUUCGUGAAAUAUUAUAUUCUAAGGUGAAAUGUCAUGGCUUUUAAAUGCAAAGUAUACGAGGUAUAUAGAAUCUAUAUUAAAACUGGGAUCAAGGCAGAGUAUUAAAACCCCUUUGUGAUACUAAUUGUAYUAAAGACAUACAGGGGUUUUCCUUGACAUAGAAUGACGCACUGCAUUGUGGUCUAGAUUCACUACAAAGAUCUUUUUCUUCAUGCAGCCAUAUAUAGUGUAUAUAAGCUAAACCACAGUGCAACAUGAUUUGUAUUUCAUAAUUUAAGUUCUAUUUUAAAAUCGCGCAAGAACAAGCGGCCGUUAAAAUACAAUACCAAAGAAUGUAUGCCUUAAAGAAUAUAAUGUGAUAAACGAUAUCAUCAACGAUAUCAAGCCAAAUCUCACGAAAAAUUAAGCUUACUUUACAUGACCAAAUUUCUCGCGCGAAACGAGGCGCCAUGUUUUGCGGCGAUUUUAUAGCAACCCUAAAGGUCAAAGCAAAUUCGUACAUGCUCGGAAUUUUAAUGCAAAUCGCUUCGAUUUUCACUCUAUGUAUGUGAAAUCACCGUAAAUUUAUAUCACGUUUUAGUAUAAACAUACUAAUCGUCUAUCACUCAUACUGCGCUGUGAUUGGYUACUCUACUAAUG